CCGAAAUCAGCGCCAUAUUCCCUGCUUCGUAAGGAAACCUUGUCGAUGUCUCUCUCGAUUUUUAAGUGAAAAUCGCUCCUUAAAAUGAAGAAUUCCUUUUGAAGAUGUAUUAGUCUAGAAGAUUUGUUAAAGCAAAACUUGUAAACAUGUCAGUGCGCAAGUUAGAAACCCUUCAUAAUGGGGACUCUGAAGACACCCCAAGCUCGAGUCAGAAGAGGAGGAGGACAUCUUAUUCUGACAGCUCCUAUCUCACUGAAAUGAAGAUGACACAGGAAAGUGCUUCUUGUGGGAUAUUAGAGCGUGUCAUCGUUAAAAACUUCAUGUGCCAUGACCAUCUCGAAUUUACAUUCUCCCCAAACAUCAACUUUGUCCAGGGUCGGAAUGGCAGUGGGAAGAGUGCCAUUCUGACAGCUGUAGUAGUUGGUUUAGGGGGGAAGGUGCAAACAACAAAUCGAGGUAGCAGCAUGAAAGAGCUUGUGAAAUAUGGAAAGCAUACAGCCACAAUUGAGAUCUACAUCAAGAAUAUGGGCAAAGAUGCCUUUAAACAUCAAACUUAUGGUGACUGUAUUAUUGUGGAACGAAAAAUUAUGUCAUCUGGGGGUGGCAGUUACAGGCUUAAAGCUAAGGAUGGAACAGUGGUGUCAACAAAAAAAGAUGAGAUUAUACGUAUGUUGGACCAUUUCAACUUGCAAGUAGAAAAUCCUGUGACUGUGCUGAAUCAAGAUAUGUCCCGUUCAUUUCUCAAGUCUACGGAUCCUCAUGAUUUAUACAAAUUUUUCUUGGAGGCCACUCAGCUACAACAGAUGAAGGAUGAUUAUGGCCAGCUACAAGAAGCACUAAGUUCAUCUGUAGCAACUGUUGUAGGCAGGAAAGAGGAUCUUUCUGUUUUGAAGAAAGAAGUAGAAGAACAGCAUUCUCGUCUUAUCCUUAGCGAGGAACUCACUAAGAAGCGGAACAAACUUCAAGAGUUAAGGCAUGAAUUGAUGUGGGCUGUGGUACAUGAUGCAGAAAAAGAAGAAGCUGCUGCAGCACAGAAGGUAGAGGCCCAUGAAACAUUAUGUAAUAAAUUGCAGGAGAAGAUAAAAUCUUAUGAAACUAACUUUGAGCAGGAGAAGCAACAGCACAAAGAGCUUCAGGAAGAACUAGCCAACCGCACACACCAGCUCUCCAGCCAAACCGAAGACACAAAGGCAGCCAAUGAGCAGAUGGUAAAGGCAAAGGCAAAGUUGAAGGACCAGCAAAUGCAGGCCACCACAGCCGAAAAGAAGGUCAAGAGCAUCCGAAAGGAUAUCUCUGAGCUGAAGGAAGCCAUAGAGAAGGAUCACAGUGCGUAUCCCCACUCUCUGCCCCUAUUGUCACUGUACUAUGAUACAAGUAAAUCAUGGUAUGAAAAUAUGAAGUAUAAUAUUGUUGGAGCAGUACAAAGUAUAAGAUAUUGUUUCAAGGAGUUCUUCAUGCCACAUUAUUAUUAUCCUUUAGUAAAGAUAGGAGGCACUCAUGUGAUUGGUUUAGGGAAACUAGAGACUACCAAGGAAGAUGUGGCAAUUUAUGUUGAUGAUGGUAGAAAGGACCAAGUUGAAUUUUUGCCACUAAGCCUAAAAUUCAUUAAUGUGAUUAUUGAUACAUUUUCAGCCAGAUUAGAAAAGGAACUGAUAGAACUCCGUGGCCAGCAGAGUAACGUUUUUACUGUUUACGGACCAUGGGUUCCGGAGGUGUUGAAGCAGAUUGAUAUUGCACACAAAAAAGGGAUGUUCUCAGCCAAACCUGUUGGACCACUUGGUGCCUUUAUCAAACUAUGUGAUCAGCAGUGGGGACAUGUGGCAGAAGCAAUUAUAUCAAACAGAAUCAAUAGCUUCUGUGUCAAUAAUCAGAAGGAUUGUCAUGUUCUAAAGCAGAUUCUGAACAGAGUUAACUUUCGUGGAGCCCCAAAACCUAUCAUCAUUGUUUCAAGAUUUAGAGAAAGAAUCCAUGAUGUAUCACAGUUUGAGGUGCAGUCAGACAGAUACCCAUCUCUGUGGUCAGUGUUGAAUGUGAGUGAUACAGUCGUAGCAAACACACUCAUAGAUCAAAUGCAAGUGGAAUCCAUCUUGCUCAUUCCAACAGCACAAGAGGCUGGACAACUUCUAAAAGAUCAGAGAACUGUACCAAGAAAUUGUAAAGUUGCCUACACUCUCAAUAGAGAUACUUACUACCCUGAUCCAAACUACCGGAUCUAUUCAGGAAGAGGUCAACAACCAGCUCGUUAUCUGCAGGUCUCAGUUGAACAGAAAAUCAGUGACCUUCAAUCCGAAAUUGAAUGUACGCAGGAAGAAUUAAAGAAGCAUUCAUGCAAGGCAAAAAAAAUUGAAGCUGAAGUGAAACAAAUUCAGAAUGAAAUUCACAUGUCAAACAGAAAGAUGCAAAAAGAUAAGGCAAAGAUUACAGAGCUUCGCGGACAGGUGAGAGUGCUCCAGGACCAAGAGGAACCAGCUCCUCCUGAUGUAUCUCAGUUGGAAGAAGACAUUAGGCAACAGGAGGUUUUACUAGAAAGUGCUGAAGCUCAUGCCGAAAAAGUUCGAACUUUAGUCAAUCAAAGUAAAGAGAAAUAUCAAGAGGCCUCCUCUAAAUAUGAUAUGCUGAGACAAGAGCACAGUAAAUUUCUACAAGAAGCAGAAAAUAUUAAGAAAAAUGUGAAAGAUUGUGAACAAGAGACAAACAAGUUAGAUCAGAUUUUGGAAAGUUACAAAAAGAAAAAAAAAGAUGCCGAGACCAAAAGAAUGGAGCUGGAGGCAGAAUUAAAAGCAGCAAGAGAGGGUCUCGAAAAGGAGUUAAAAAGAGCUAACAGUUUCGACCCUCGUCCUGAAACAACUCGGAGUACUAAAGAAUUAGAGAGUCAAUACAAAGCUCUUGAAGCAAGAUUAAGCAAAGUGGAAGCAGAGAGAGGUGACCCGAUAGAAAUAUGUCGGAGAUACAAUGAAGUCAACCAGAGGUUCUUAAAUAUUGGCAAAAUAAUAGAUAAACAUUCCAAUCUUUUAAAGUCUAUACAGAAGAGCCUCGAUAAAAGACAGCAAGAAUAUGGAUCUUUCCGGCGAUUUGCAUCCAUAAUGAUAAAAUCAUACUUCAGAAAUAGACUAAGUUUUCGCAAUCUUCACGGAACACUACACUUCAACUUUGAAGAGGAAAUCCUAACAAUGAGUGUGGUCAAGUUAGGAAGUGAAGAUGAUGACAAUACAAUUAAACAGUCACAGCAAAACAACAAAAAGAAAAAGAAAGGCUCACAGCAGACGCUAGCCAUGAUGUCAGGUGGAGAACGGUCCUUUUGCACUGUGUCAUUCAUCUUAGCUCUCUGGGAAGUUAUGGACUCGCCAAUAAGAAUUCUUGAUGAAUUUGAUGUUUUUAUGGAUAUUGUAGCAAGAAAGCAAAGCAUGGAUAUGAUGAUUGAAAUUGCAGAUGCUAAGACUCAAUAUAUAUACCUGACACCACUGGAACUCAAUCGGGCAGAACAUCCAAAUGUUUACAUAUACAGGAUGCCUGAUCCAGAAAGAAGAGAGGAUGAUUAGAAAACAAAUGAAUCAUUUUGAUGAGAGAGGUUGUCAGUGCAGAUAAUCAUCAGUACAAUGAGAUUCUGAGUUAAAACCAACAAUGAUUUAUUGCAUAUUGUUAGAAAUGUCAAAGACAAAUUAUGUGACAUUCAAUGACCAUUAUCUUAUAUUUACGUAUUUCUGUAUAUACAUACAUAUGUAUGUAACAUUUCUUGUCCCAUUUUUGUCUUUUAACUUAGGGAUUUAUGUUUUAACCCUUUGCCAACGGGCAUGCCCACUGUGAGUUUACUUGUUUAAUUGUUUUUACACAUAGAUGGCUACACUUGUACUAAGUCACCAAUGAGCCAGUUACGAGUACUGCCUGUCUCGCCCGUUCAUCCUUUUCGUUGAUU